AUGGCGUCUUCGAACCGUGCUGCCGAUUCACCCGUCAACGAAAUCCCGGCCGAUUCACGCUCACUUUCAGACGAUUCCGACUCCAGCGAUGAGGAGGGUUGGGAAGAUGUCGAGCCUGAUGAUGAGUCCCAGCCUGUAGUUGGCCUUUUCUCGGAUGUUGUGUUCCCUGACGUGCGCUCUAUGUUGAAGGAGUGCAAGGAGAAAAAUAAUUUUGAUCUAGUGAAGAUCCAGAAGGAACUCGAUCUGGAUUUCCUCGACACCAUCAAGCUGGUCAACUAUGUGCGAUCUGAGGUCAAGGCCGGAAACUCGACCCCCGAUGUUUCCUCCAAAUCCAAGUUCGCCGAUGAUGCCUUCCUGAAGCCCGUCCUGGAGGACGACGCUCUCCUUUACAGCCUGGAUGAUAUCGCCGAUAAUGAUGGAGAGGAUGCGGCACCUGGCAGUGAAGCUGAGAAGCAGGUCCUUGAGCUGCAGGAGGAAUUGGAGCGUCUCCAGAGUCAAUUUUCCGAGUAUAGACUCGCCGUGCAAAAGUCGAUGGAGGAUCAGCUGUCCAAGGAGGACGAAAAACUUGAGCCUGGUGCAACUAUCAAACGACCGGCCAAGGACCGACUCCAGGAUGCCGAUGCCGACUACUUUGUCUCAUAUUCUUACAACGGGAUUCACGAGUCCAUGCUGAAGGACGCCAUCCGUACUGAUGCCUAUCGCGAUUUUGUCUAUGAAAACAAGCAUCUCUUCAAGGACAAGGUUGUACUAGAUGUUGGCUGCGGGACCGGUAUUCUUUCAAUGUUUUGUGCCAAGGCUGGCGCAAAGAAGGUCAUCUCGGUUGACAACUCCAACAUUAUCGAUCGUGCUAGAGAGAUCGUGCACGCCAAUGGCUUGGGUGAUGUUAUCACAUGCAUUCGCGGCAAGAUCGAAGAAGUCACUCUGCCUGUUGAGAAGGUGGACAUCAUCAUCUCUGAGUGGAUGGGCUAUGCUCUGCUUUUUGAGGCCAUGUUUGAUUCUGUCAUCUACGCUCGCGACCGGUACCUUGUCCCUGGUGGUCUGAUGGUCCCGUCGCAUGCAACUCUUCGCAUUGCCCCCUUCGCGGAUUCGGAGUUCGUUGAUACGAACGUCUCGUUCUGGAACAACGUCUAUGGCUUCAACAUGUCCAGCAUGCUAAUGAACAUCUAUGAUGAGGCGCUUGUUCGUCAUGUGAAGCCUACAUCUCUUCCUGGUGACUCGAGUGUGUUCCUUCCGUUGCCAUUGCACACCAUCACUGUCGACGAGCUCUCCUUCCUGAAGGAGUUUCAGGUGACCUUGAAUGAAGACAUUGAUGCUCUUGAUGGCUGGGCUAUCUGGUUCGAUAUGUUCUUCAUGCCCUCGCAAGACUCUACCAUCCCCGAGAACGCUGGCCCCUCUGACAUGCAGAAGAAGGGAUUCGUUGCCUUUACCACCGGGCCUCAUGGAACUGAGACUCACUGGCAGCAGGCUAUCUGCCUGAUUGACCAUGGAAAGCAGCAACCCAAGCCUCUGAAGAAGGGCCAAGUUCUGACCGGAAAGGUUGGCUACCAGAAAAAGGAGGAAGGCUCUCGGCUCCUCAAUAUCAGCAUUGAGUGGCAAGCAGAAGACAUAACGAAGGGCAACCAACACUGGUCCCUUCAAUAG